AUGGAGCCAAGGUGGCAGCAAUUUUGUCUGCGCUCCCUGCUGGCGCGCGGCCGGCCGGGGGCAAUGGGCCGCCCGGCACUUAUCCACCUCCGCAAAGCAUGGUCAAUCCGGGGCCAGGACAUGUUUCAACACACGGUCCUGCAGCAGGGCAUGUUCAGAAGAAGCGAAUCGGCAGAUAGAAAGAAGAAGGACAAGGAGAAAGACAAGGACAAGAAAAAGGACAAGGACAAAGAGAAGAAGAAGGAUCGUAGUCGGAGUCGCGGGAAGGAGAAGGACAGGGAACGGAAGGACAAAGAGAAGGGUAAAGAGAAGGAUAAGGAAAGGAAGGAGAAGGACAAGGACAAGGAGAAGGACAAAGAGAAAGACAAGAAAGACAAAGACAGGGAGAAGGACAAGGAGAAGGACAAAGAGAAGGAGAAGGAGAAGACUCCGGCCGAGGCGCCCGCUGCGGCGCCGGCUGACGAGGAGCCCAAGGAAGCGGCGGCGGAGCCGCCGACUGCGGCGGACGACGGCGAUGACGUGACGGCCGUAGGCCCUGGAGGGCGUAAACUCACGGCCGGGGAGCGCAUUCGACUAGCGCGUGCCAAAGCUGCCAACGCCCCCGGGAAGAAGAGCAUUGCCAUAGGGAGCACCUCCGGAAGCAGCAGCUACAGCAGCAGCAGCAGCACGCCGUCUGAAAAGAAAAAGAAGAAGAAGAGUAAGACCAAGAAACGGUCUCGAAGCCCGAUCAGCAGCUACGGCGGCCUUGUUCCGGUGCCCUUGUGGCUGCCGCGUCCGGCCAACUACGGCCAGGCCCAGCCGCUGCAAGAGCCCAAUUUGGCGCCCCUGAAUUUUCAACCCCAAGCAGCAAACCCUAAAUACUUGAUAACUACGUGCUUAGGGUUUUUUGUUUCGGGUUUGGGGCUUAGGGUUUACUCAACCCUACAUACCUAA